AUGCAUAAUUUCAGUCCUCCGUCUCCAGGGCUCACAAGAUUGGCUAACGGUACCGCUCCCCCAGCACCUCAACCUGCCUUUGAUCUGCCUGACGGCAAUCCGUCUCUGCCGAUUCAACGUCCGAAAUUCCUACCACAGCAGUCCACCCUACCUUCUACCUCACCUUCAGUCCAAAACCAUACCUCUCCGAACGGUGACACUGCGGCAGACGCUUUAGCCUUGGAACUCAAAACUCGGCUGGCUAACAUGUGGAAACUCUCGCCUUCGUCUUCUCCGAACCGAGUCGAAGUGACCACGGGUGGCGUGCGUCCCAGCUCCGCCCUGCGCACCGUGUCUGAGCUAUCGGCGCGAUUCAGCUCAGGCCUUUCCCGGGCGCGGCUCGCCACUGCGUCGGCCGACGACAGCGGCGAGUCCGAGGACGGUGUGACGCCCUGCUGCCAGCGGUCUGCCCCCAACACACCCGAGGAGCUGGCUGUGCUGCGCCGCACCGACUCUGAGCUGUGGCGCCAGCGAGCCCUCCACCUCUCCGUCUUCCUUGAACGCCGACCCAGCCACCAGGACCUCCUAGCAAAGAACAUCCUCUCAAGAAGGACGCCUCAGAUGCAGGCGGAGUUGCGCGCGAAAAUCGAAGUCAGCCUCGAAAGACAGCUGAGUCAGCGACCAACUGCUGUUGAGUUGGAGCAAAAAAACAUCCUUCACUUGGGAACAGAGGAGUCCCGAAGGAAGGAGAAGGAAGAAAAGCGACGCACACUUUCGCGCAAGGUGAGGUCGCCCGCCGGGCCCUUUUACCCACCACUGGCAUUGAACAAGCCGCGUGUUUUUUUCAUUUUGCAGCUUUCUUUCCGCCCCACGGUGGAGGAGCUCAAGAAUCGCCGCAUCAUCCGUUUCAACGACUACGUGGAGGUCACGGAAGCCGUUGCCUACGACCGACGCGCCGACAAGCCCUGGACUCGUCUCACGCCCAAAGACAAGGCUGAUAUCCGGAAGGAAUUGAAUGAGUUCAAGUCGAAAGAAAUGGAUGUUCAUGAGGACAGCCGGCAAUUUACGAGGUACGUUUCACCGCCCUUGAGGAGCCCUCAGUGCACCCGCCACACUCCCCCAACACACGCACACACACACACGGACCGCACCCCGGCUAUUUUCUAUACCAAUCUCUCCCAUCUUCGCAGCUCUACGCCUCUUCGUCCCACCACCCUCCAGAAGUACAAAGGGCUUUCAUAUCUCGACGACUUCCUGGCGCUGCUGGCCACACCUCACCCCCGCCUCGCCCUCGCCCUCCUCCUCCUCCUCCUAUUCCGCACCGUUCUAUUUUAA